AUGCGUCUUUUGCAUCACUUUACCAAUUGUACAAGCGCGACUUUAUCAGAUCGACCAGAAGCUCAUAGGACUUGGGCCACAGCGGUUGUCCAAAUUGCAUUCGCACAUCCCUUUCUUCUUCAAGGGAUUCUUGCUCUCGCCGCUCUUCAUAUGGGCAAUCUGAUUGCGAAAGAGAAAGAAAGUCUAUCCAUUCUUGCUGCCAUUAAGCAAGAUGCUGCACUCAAAGACUUUCGACCUCAACUGGAGAAUAUGACAUCUCAAAACUGCGAUGCCAUUUUCGCAUUCUCUAUCCUUGCAGAAUACUACAUUCCUGCCUCUGCAGGUACUGUCAUCAACCCCGCUUCCACCUUUAUGGAGGAUCAUUUCUUUGACGCCAUUGUGGACUGGCUCCGCUUGCACCAAGGGACAUCAGACAUUUACAAGCGCAAGGGCUACUGGAUUAGAAAUGGCCCUGUUGCUCCUCUUCUCUGGAGUGAUGUCCUAGGCGAGAGAUGUCAACCGCCAACACGGAAAGAAAAUAACGGAGAAACUAAAACUCACCAACUGCAAGACCUUGCGAAAAUAUGGGAAACAGAUAAUUCAUCGACAAUGAGCGAUAUUCAUGAGAAUCAGAUCAAUUCACGGGCAUUGGAGAUUUUGGUUGAAGCAUUUAAUUUAGUCUUAGAUGAUUCCACGGCAGACACUGGCCGGCUAGCUGUCAAUGAGCCUCUCCAAAAUCCUCAGCUGUCGAGAGAUCACACUCCCCAAGAGCUCGACAGCUCAAAUUACCUCACUCUUUCGUUCAGAUGGCUCUUUGAAAUUCCCUUUGGGUUUGUGGAGCUUCUUGAGCAACGAAGACCAGCAGCGCUUAUCAUUUUCGCCCACUUCUCUGUACUAUUUCAGAAUGCCCCCAAAUUUUGGUGGAAUGAGCCAAUUCCAGCGAAGAUCGUAAAAGCCGUCGCAGCGGUGCUUCCACGAGAAUACCACAGGUGGAUCGAAUGGCCAAUACUUGAAGUACUGGGUGCUGACUGUUAA